AUGACUAAGGCUGUAAUGGUGAGGUGCUAUCUGCUCUGUUUAUUUACUCUUGCACUGUAUUGUGCUUCUGGGUUAGUAUGGGCUGAUAGUCCUAAAGCUUCUGAUGCCCUUAUUAAACCUUCCACUAUUGGUGUUCCUUCUCUUGUUCAUCACGUUAUUCAUGCGCAGGAAGCUUGGAUAGUGGAUAUAGAUGAAGAAGAUAAAGUGGUUCAGGAAGACGAAGCUGCCAAGAAAGAAACUGAGAAAGAGAAAAAAUCUCCUCAAAAAACUGAGAAAGACCUUCUCCGUGUGGUAACAGAUCCUGCCAAGGUUGCGGUUCCUGAAAAAGUAGAAGAGAGAGAUGGAGGUGGCGACUCUGUGAGAAGUGGUUUGGAAAAUGAAAAAGAAGGUCAAGUAAUAGACACAAAAGGCGAACACGGUGAGGAUUCUCCACCACCUCCUGCCGUUUCAGCUGAUCCAGCCCAAGGUGAUGGCGGUGUGAAUAAUCUGGAUUCCCAAGCUAACAAAGAUGAUAUUGGUGAGAAACGAACUGAUAGUGAAAGGAGGGAAUUAUCACAAACAAGUAUCAUCAAUCCUUUACAGGGUGAAAAUGCACAAGAGGAACUAAAUAAAAAACCUGAGAGAACACCUGUUACUCAAUCUCCCAGUGAUCCCAAUGGAAAUUCUGAAGUUCCACAGACCCCCAGUCCUAAGCCACAGGAACCAUCGUCAGUCAACCCACAAGGGAGUAUAGAAAAGGAGCACAACGUUCAGAGUAAUACUGCUAACACUGACAAUGCCAAUACACCCAUUAAUGAGGGAUCAACCACCACCACCACAACAACAACAACACUUCCUCCUGAACUCACAAACAACAAGAAGGGUGAUGCAGACAGCAGCAGCAGUAUCAGCAGUUCUGUGUGGGUGCGUGUACCAUUACUGAUUGUGGUUACACUGGCCUGUAUUCUUGUGUGCUGA